CAACUUACUAGUGAUCAGAAAACAAUGGGAAUCAAAAUAACUAUUUUCCUUAUGAUCUUCACGUACUUGUUCUUUGCAAUUGAAGCUUACGCUGCAAAAACCAACACUUUCACAGACAAAUCAGCCCUUCUUGCCUUAAAAUCUGCGAUCAAUGACCCCCAAAAUCUCUUGGAAAGUAGUUGGUCAUCAAAUACUUCUAUGUGCCAAUGGAUUGGUGUUACUUGCGGUGCACGUCAUCGCAGAGUUAGAGUCUUAAACCUUUCUAAUAUGAGUCUCACUGGCACUGUCCCUCCACAUAUUGGAAACCUAUCGUUCCUUGUCACCUUGAACUUCAGCAACAACUAUUUCCAUGGCAGUUUGCCCGUUGAAUUGUCUCGAUUGCGCCGGCUAGAAAAAAUCAGUAUGGAACGCAACAAUUUAACCGGAGAAAUUCCUUCUUGGUUGGGGCCUUUGUCAAAGCUUCAAUACUUGUAUCUGAAUGAUAACGAGUUUGUCGGACCUAUUCCUAUCUCCAUUUUCAACUUAUCUUCGCUCCAAGUGAUUAGUCUUUACAUGAACAAGCUUUCAGGAGCCAUACCACGAGAGAUUGGGAACUUAAAAAGGUUGAAGGUAUUAUGGCUCUCCAAUAACAAAUUUGAAGGAGAAAUUCCAAGGGAAAUUGGUAAUCUACAAGUAUUGGAGAAAUUAGAUCUACAAGCUAAUGUCUUUGAAAAGCUUCUUCCUUUAUUUGUCUUCAACAUGUCUUCUUUAACUGAUUUGAGGCUCGAAGAGAAUGGCCUACAUGGAAGCUUGCCGGAUAAUAUAUGUCAACAUCUUCCUGUCAUUCAAGGCCUAUAUUUGAGUUUUAAUCAGCUAAGUGGUCCAUUACCAUCCAUCUGGAAUUGCAGAGAACUUCUUAUUUUGAGACUGUCGUUUAACAAUUUCACCGGAAGCAUACCCCAAAAUAUAGGAAACUUGACUAGGUUAACCGGCUUAUAUCUUGGCUUCAACAAUCUGACAGGUAAGUUACCAUAUGAACUUGGGAAGCUUCAGAAUCUACAUCACUUGUCAGUCAUGUCUAAUAAUAAACUCGAUGGCUUAAUCCCACCAACUAUCUUCAACAUCUCCACAAUAACAAACAUUUUUCUUUCCGAGAACAAGUUUUCCGGUGGUCUCCCGGAAGACAUAGGCCUGUGGGUUCCAAAUCUAGAAGGGCUUUUUGUAUCUAGAAACUAUCUUGGAGGAGUGAUCCCAAAGUCCAUCUCCAACGCUUCGAAACUUACUCAGCUAGAGAUGACACAUAAUUACCUUUCUGGCUUUGUUCCCAAUACCCUAAGUUCUUUGACAAAUCUCCAGUUUUUAAACUUAGAGAGAAACUACUUGACCAUUGAAAGUUCAGGGUUGAAUAUACUAUCAUCUAGUUUUAGAGAGUUGAUAGGAUUAUACCUCAUAGAUAAUUCUAUAGAUGCCCCACUUCCCAGUUCCAUGGGGAAUCUAUCUGCAUCUCUCGAAUAUUUAUCUUUAAGCUACAAUGAGUUGAGGGGAAAGAUUCCUAACGAUAUUUCUAACUUGAGUAACUUGGCAGCUCUAGGCUUAGGUAACAAUAACUUAAGCGGACCAAUUCCAAAUUCAAUUGGAAGAUUACAAAGGCUUCAGAUGUUGGGUCUCAAUGAUAACAAGUUGCAGCAGUCCAUACCACUUGAGAUUUGUCAGUUAACAAGGAUGACAGACUUGUACCUGAGAAAUAAUUCGCUCCAAGGAUCAAUUCCCAUGUGCUUGGGUAAUCUUGCAAUGUCCCUAAGAAGUCUAGUAUUGGACUCUAAUGAAUUAAAUUCAACAAUACCUUCAAGCUUUUGGGACCUGGUAUAUCUCUUGGAAAUAGACUUGUCAUCUAAUUCUCUCAUUGGAUCUAUACCCGUUGAUAUCGAAAAGUUGAAGACAGUAAGAGAUAUAGACAUGUCAAACAAUCAAUUUUCAGGUCACAUCCCAGGAAGCAUUGGAGGUCUCCAAGAUAUGGUUACUUUAUCAUUGGCAAAUAAUAAUUUAGAAGGGUUGAUUCCAGAUUCACUAGGCAACUUAAUGAGCAUGGAAAUGUUGGAUUUAUCCAAAAACUAUCUAUCUGGUGAGAUCCCCAAGUCUUUGGAGAGACUCAAGUACCUAAAAUAUCUCAAUGUAUCUUUCAACCAGCUGCAUGGGGAGAUUCCAAGUGGAGGACCUUUCUUCAACCUCUCUUACCAAUCUUUCAUGUCAAACGAUGCUCUUUGCGGUGCCCUGAGAUUGCAAGUUCCGCCAUGCCAAAACACUUCAAGAAAAUCUCAUCCACUAUUACUCAGGUAUAUUUUGCCCAGUAUCUUAGUAACAAUUUUCAUAGCGGCUUUUUUUAUACUAUUGAUAUUAUGGAGGAAAAGCAAGUCAAGUCCUGAACCAAAUACUACGUUAUCACCUCAAGCAACAAGAAGAAGAGUUUCAUACUAUGAACUUUUAAGGGCAACAGGUGGAUUCAACCAAAGCAAUAUGAUAGGAACUGGGAGUUUCGGUUCAGUGUAUAGAGGAACACUUUUAGAUGGAACAGAUGUGGCAGUAAAAGUUUUUAAUUUGGAACUGGAAAAUGGACUUAAGAGUUUUGAUGGUGAAUGUGAAGUGUUGCGCAACAUUCGUCAUCGGAAUCUUAUAAAGAUUAUAACUAGUUGUAGUCAACCUGAUUUCAAAGCCUUAGUACUAGACUAUAUGCCUCAAGGAAGUCUUGAGAAGUGGUUAUACUCAAAUGAGCUCCACUUCAAUUUCCUACAAAGAUUGAACAUAAUGAUAGAUGUUGCAUCAGCACUUGAAUAUCUUCACCAUGGUUAUUCAACACCAAUUGUUCAUUGUGAUUUGAAGCCUAGCAAUGUUUUACUAGACCAAGAUAUGGUUGCUUAUGUAGCUGACUUUGGCAUUGCGAAGCUCAUAAAUGGAGAAGAUUCUAUGAUGCAAACAAUGACACUGGCCACAUUUGGAUAUAUGGCUCCAGAGUAUGGAUUGGAAGGUAUGGUUUCGAGGCGAGGAGAUGUUUAUAGCUAUGGUAUUACACUCAUGGAGACCUUCACAAGACAAAAGCCAACUGAUGGAAUGUUUAGUGGAGAUAUGAAUUUAAAACAGUGGAUUGAAAAUUCAUUUCAACGUGCAAUAACUGAGGUCAUAGAUUCAAAUUUAUUGAGGGUAGACGAGGAACACUAUGUGCUUAAGAAGGAAUGCCUAUCCUCCAUAAUGGAAUUGGCUCUAACUUGUUCUGCUACAGCACCAGAAGACAGGACAGAUAUGAAAAAAGUUGCAGCCACACUGAACAAAGUCAAAAUGAAGUUUUUGCAGGGUGUUAGAGUGAGAUAAUGUGAAAUUUAAUAUGUUUCUUAUUUUGUCUUUCAUUUGCAUUUCUUUUUCUUUCACCCUUUUUUUUUUUUUGUUAUGGAACCUUUGGAUCUUUUAAAACUAUAAUAGACCAUUACUGCACUAGAUGGUCGUUAAUAUUUUUCCCA